AUGCUGUUGUGUACCACAUUUUCGCUUGCGGCGAUUGCACUCCUAUGCCCACUCGUGCACACACAGGCUACUCUUCCCCAGGUUGAUCUCGGCUACCAAAUCCACCGGGCCAUCAGUUUCAAUCAAACUGGACAAACGUACAACUUCUCAAACAUACGUUAUGCCCAGCCUCCAGUCGGCGACCUCCGUUUUGCUGCUCCCGUUCCACCCACAGGCAGAAAUAGCGUCGUGCAGAAUGGGAGUGUCGACACAGUUUGUCCUCAAGCUCUUCCAGCGUGGUAUCUGAUCUCCACCCAGUUCGUGACAGAUCUCAUCGCCGGAAACGAAUCAUCCUUCAACUACUCCCAAGCUGAAGAGCAACUUCAGGUGUACUUACAAAACGCCAAACCAACCCCGCCAGAUCCGAGAACCACCGAAGAUUGCUUGUUCUUGGAUGUGAUCGUUCCCAAAAAGGUCUUUGACGGUUCGAAAAGUCGUAUCAGGAAACGUCAAAAUGCCGGUGCCGCGGUGGUAGUCUGUCAGGCGAACGGAGGAGAGGGCAUCAUCUUUGUGGCCAUGAACUACCGACUGGGAGCAAUGGGUUGGCUGGCUGGGCCGACCUUGCAAGCCGCUGGAGGAGUAUCCAAUGCCGGCCUUUACGAUCAGCGUCUGGCUCUAGAAUGGGUCCAGAAGUAUAUCCAUCUGUUUGGUGGCGAUCCAAAUCGGGUCACCGUCAUGGGUGAGUCGGCGGGAGGCGGUUCGAUCGUCCACCAGAUCACUGCCUAUGGAGGCCAGCAGGGUGUUCCCUUCCAACAAGCUAUCCCGCAAUCACCUGGCUAUCUCCCGAUGCCGUCAUAUUUUGUCCAAGAAAACGUCACACAGACGUUUCUGUCGCUGCUCAAUGUCAGCACCAUCCAGGAAGCCAGGCAAUUAUCUUCGGAGGCUAUUAUCAAAGCCAACGCAGCUCAAGUGGGCGCGUCCAACUAUGGAGGUUUCACCUACGGGCCGGCCGUUGAUGGGGUAUUUGUGCCGGCGCUGCCGGGCACGCUUCUCAAUGCAGGGCAAUUUGCAAAGAAUGUCAGCGUCAUGGUGUCUCAUAUGCUCAGCGAAGGACCAGCCUUUACGCCACCCUUUGUCCAAACCGACGACCAGUUGGAAGCCAUGAUAAUCUCGCUCAAUCCCGAGACCCCCGCGCCAGCGGUUGAAUACAUCGUGAAGACGCUGUAUCCGGCGAUCUACAACGGGAGCCAGCCCUACAAAUCUCCCAUCGAGCGAACAAUCCUGUUCGUCACCGAGUCGUCUUUCACGUGCAAUACCUAUUUCCUGAAUAAAGCUUACGGCAACAAAACAUAUGCUUAUCAGUUUGCUGUCCCGCCAGGCUUCCAUGGAUACGAUGUCCAAUACACGUUUUACAACGGGCAACCCACCAACUUGACACAAGAUAUGAUCGCGCCCGUCGCCAAAACUCUUCAAGCCUACCUCACCAACUUCAUCAUGACGGGUAAUCCUAACGGAAAGGGGCUGCCACCGUUCCCAAUGCAGGGCAACAAUGCCAGCAUGAACUCGAUUUCCACUACUGUUGCCCGGGUCCAAGACGAUACCUCAAACCCGAGAUGUGCAUGGUGGGAGAAGUCUUUGUUUACUUGA